CUCAAUAUUAAUCAAUAUCCUGUUGUGUUUCUCUUAAGGCCCUCCACUUUGACACAAUGAGAAUUAUGUUCCACUAUCUGUAUGAGGAGCUCUACAAAGAAGGAGAGUACAAGACUGAAGACGAGAAGAGAAGCCUGCAGCUGGUUAAUCGCUUGUACGGAGAACAGACGGUCGAUUUUAAAGAAGAUUUCCUAGACGAAUGUGAGGAGUGGUGUUUUGCCAGCUUCAGGACUGCUGACUUCAAGACGGAUCCUGAAGCGGCGAGAAAAAAGAUCAAUAGCUGGGUGAAGAAUAAGACUUACGGAAAACUGAAGGAUUUGUUGGAUUCAGAAGAAGUGGAAGAGGUCACAAGACUUGCUCUUAUCAGUGCAGUGUUCUUCGAGAAGAAGUGGGCCACCAGCUUCACACCUAUGGUCCCCAACAAGGAUAUGAUGGUUAUGAUGGGUAAGACGGAUAAGCUUCCUCUGGGAACUAUCCCACACAGACAAAAUAAAAAGCUUCCCACUGAAGCUCAGAUUCUGGAGAUCCCUUAUGAGAAUCAUCAUCUGAGCAUGAUCAUUAUACUCCCAAACAACAGUGAAGUAAAGUGUCAGUGA